AUUGGGUAAACUUGAAAGCACCUGACAGAUUUUCCUCCAAGGUCCCUCAGGACCCUGAUGAAAGACAGCUCAUUGCCGCGCUACUUGGUGGCCAGCGCGCUCCUGGAGACAAGAGGAUGGUCAGGGAGGUGUGCGGAGAAGCCUGUGAAAACCCGACUCCACCCUCAGUCAUCUGCAGCCAGUCAUUGACUAUUCCUCAAGCACUGCCUCUACCUGCUGUCAAGGGAGACACUGUUGCAAGGUUGGCUGCUGGGCCUAAAGGAGAAAAAAGACACACAGACAGACUGCUCUUCUCAGGAAGGGAGAGGACCGCACUGAAGAAAACAAUUGUAAGUGCCAACAUCAUGCCCAAGCAGGUCGAAGUGCGAAUGCACGACAGCCACCUCAGCUCGGAGGAGCCAAAGCCCCGGCAUCUGGGGCGGCGGCUGUGCGACAAGCUGGGGAAGAACCUCCUGCUCACUCUGACGGUGUUUGGUGUCAUCCUGGGGGCAGUAUGUGGAGGGCUUCUUCGCUUGGCAUCUCCUAUCCACCCUGACGUGGUUAUGUUAAUAGCCUUCCCAGGGGAUAUACUCAUGAGGAUGCUCAAAAUGCUCAUCCUCCCUCUAAUCAUCUCCAGUUUAAUCACAGGGUUGUCAGGCCUGGAUGCCAAAGCCAGCGGGCGCCUAGGCACCAGAGCCAUGGUGUAUUACAUGUCCACAACCAUCAUCGCCGCGGUCCUGGGGGUCAUCUUGGUCUUGGCCAUCCACCCAGGGAACCCCAAGCUGAAGAAACAGCUGGGGCCUGGGAAGAAGAAUGAUGAAGUGUCCAGCCUGGAUGCCUUUUUGGACCUUAUUAGAAAUCUCUUCCCAGAAAACCUUGUCCAAGCCUGUUUUCAACAGAUUCAAACGGUGACGAAGAAAGUCCUGGUGGCACCUCAGUCUGAAGAGGAGGGCAAUGUCACCAACUCUGUCGUCUCCCUGUUGACUGAGGCUGCAACGGAGGCACCUGAGGAAACGAAGGUGGUUAUCAAGAAGGGCCUGGAGUUCAAGGACGGCAUGAAUGUCUUAGGUCUGAUUGGGUUUUUCAUUGCUUUUGGCAUCGCCAUGGGAAAGAUGGGAGAGCAGGCCAAGCUGAUGGUCGACUUCUUCAACAUUUUGAAUGAGAUUGUAAUGAAGUUAGUGAUCAUGAUCAUGUGGUACUCUCCCCUGGGUAUUGCCUGUCUGAUCUGUGGGAAGAUCAUUGCCAUCAAGGACUUAGAAGUGGUUGCCCGACAACUGGGAAUGUACAUGGUCACGGUGAUUGUGGGCCUCAUCAUCCAUGGGGGCAUCUUUCUCCCCUUGAUUUACUUUCUAGUGACCAGGAAAAACCCUUUCUCCUUUUUUGCUGGCAUAUUCCAAGCUUGGAUCACUGCCCUGGGCACCGCCUCCAGUGCUGGAACUUUGCCUGUCACCUUCCGUUGCCUGGAAGAAAACCUGGGGAUUGAUAAGCGUGUGACCAGAUUUGUCCUCCCCGUUGGAGCAACCAUUAACAUGGACGGUACAGCCCUUUACGAAGCAGUGGCCGCCAUCUUCAUUGCCCAGAUGAACGGCGUUGUCCUCGAUGGAGGCCAGAUAGUGACUGUGAGCCUCACAGCCACACUGGCCAGCGUUGGUGCAGCCAGUAUCCCCAGCGCUGGGCUCGUCACCAUGCUCCUCAUUCUGACAGCCGUGGGCCUGCCAACAGAGGACAUCAGCCUGUUGGUGGCUGUGGACUGGCUGCUGGAUAGGAUGAGAACUUCAGUCAAUGUUGUGGGUGACUCUUUUGGGGCUGGAAUUGUCUAUCACCUCUCCAAGUCCGAGUUGGAUACCAUUGACUCUCAGCACCGAGUGCAUGAAGAUAUUGAAAUGACCAAGACUCAGUCCAUGUAUGAUGACAUGAAGAACCAUAGGGAAAGCAACUCUAGUCAAUGUGUCUAUGCUGCACACAACUCUGUCAUAGUAGAUGAGUGCAAGGUUACUCUGGCAGCCAAUGGAAAGUCAGCAGACGGCAGUGUUGAGGAAGAACCCUGGAAACAUGAAAAAUAAGAACGUGACUGUCAGCAAGUUCUGAAUAAAAUCCCCAGCGUAUCUUAUGGUAAAAGAGGAUAUAAACAAGUUUUCUUUCAAAAGGAAAAAAAUACAUAUAUUUCUAUGUUUACUUAAUCUGUUAGCUGAGGCUUAGAGGAUCUGUUGUGAGUCAGUGAUAGGCAUGGUGCUGUGUCUUUGCCAAAUAAUGCUUUGUAACCGUCUAAUGUUCUCACUUGUAUUAUUGUCGGAAUGGAUGCUGCUGGAGGAAUCGGUUUGAAUUGAAGACGCAUUCUUGCCAGCUUCCCUUUUCUCUCGAGAUGCAAAACUGUGGAUGCUCUUUUCCCAGGGGACACAACUAGAGCAUAACACUCCAGGGACUUGGGAUGAUGAGCAGACACUCAGUGUGUUAUUUCUUUGAGUGUUUUCCAUGCUUCACCUUGUUACCCACAAGAGAUUCUGUUAGAAGCCUCUAGAAGUAGUUCUCUUUCAGUGUCUUGUAGAGUUUGCCAAUGUGUUGAUAAAAGCAAGUACAUGUCUUAGGGAACUGUGACAAUUUAUCUUCUGUGUGCUCUUUGAGCUAAAUAUUUCAGAGAGUUGUAGUGGGAGCCAUAGUCUUAAAGACAGCUGGUUAUGGAACCCACUGAGCCUCUGCUCUGUCCUACCUAGUCUGUGGACUUUUCUUGCUGAAGCUUUAGAAUAUGUUACAUAAUUUGCUCUAACUGUGAUAAUGGAAUAGAAUGUAAUUUGCAUAGAACCACUGUAUAUAUUGACAAAAGUAAAGGAGCACACAGUCAACAUAAAUUUUAACCAGGUUCAAAUUUUCAAAUGCAUUUAUCUUUGGUUUGCAUUCAUCUGUCAUAGUGAAAUCAAGAGAGGUUAUUUUGUUUUCUGCUCCACUUUGUUUCACUCAUAAAAUUCUUGCUUGGGUUUCUAAUGAAAAGACAUUUUUUAUCCUCAAAUUAUUUCUAUCACAUUCUCAGUAAACCAGAAGGCGUAACCAUUUCACUCUCGUUAUACGUGGGGGACAGUUGUGUUGACUUUGCCUCUUUUAACACUGUCUCUUGCUAAAAACAGAAGACUGUCGUUUAUCUAAUAUGUAUUGUAGAAAGCUUUUUGUUAUGUUGUAUCAAUGCACAUAAAACCAAUAACAGGACACAGUUGGAAGCAGAGUCCAUCUUCCUCCCCAGUCUCCUCUGUGGAAAGGAACAGAAAACAAACGUGUGCAAAAUCCUAAAAAGGUGACAUUCCUAUGGCAAAGUCAAGGCAGCCUUGAACCAUGAAGUGGGGACAAAGGAUGGCUCUACACAACUUCACAGAUGGAACCCUAUCAAGGCUGUAAAAAUUUUGGGGAAUAAAUAAUAUAAUUGGAGUAGCACCGUGCCUUGCAUGCUGUAGACACCCAACGUAUCCUGAAUGAUUGUGUAAGUUAAAUUGUUCAAUGUCUCUACUAUCAUUUUCUGUUGAAUAACCCACAGUAUUUUUCUAAGGUUUCUGGCUUUGGGAGUUUGCUGAGGACUUGAAUGUGAAUCAUUGAGAAAUAAAUCACAUUUGACCCUGAGGCCUGUGUAUAACCUAGGUCCACACAUGGCAGUCAGGUAGUCAUCUGAGGCCAGCAGCUGGAUGCUGAGAUAUUCAGAAAUAGUAACAGAAUCUAAAUUCUCUAAAGCAAGACUAUUUAUGGACAUCACAUACCCUUUGUUACCUACUCCUUGUGACUUUUCUCUUCCAAAUCAGACACCUUUGGAUAUACAAAAGAUAUGAGACUUCAGGUUUUAUUGUUGUUUUUGUCUCUUAAACCCUAGUUAUUUUGGGUAAGGAUCACUACAGCACAGUAUUAAGCAGAUUUUUGCUUUUAAAAAAUGGCAUUGGUCUUUAUUUUCAUUAGAUGGACAGUUAACAGGGUGGUCAAGGAUGUGCUGAAAUGUAGUUGUGGAAAAUGUAUCCUUUGCAGCAGAUGCUGGGGGUCAAGGGGACAGUGCCUGGAUUCAGCUGUGAAACUAUUAAGGAUUGUCUGUAAGUGGCACUCUCAAGAGCUUUUCUGUGAUGAGGAGAAGGAGCUACGCAAGGCAGCUAGGAGCUUGUGGGUUUUGCUGUGUAAGGCCAGCUUUGUGCAUAUGUACACGCUUGAAGGGGUGGUCUAAAGAUUGUCUUCCCAACACUCUGCCUAAAUGACUUCUCUGUUUGUUUUGUUCUCAGCUUUGUUCUACUCAUCCAGUUAGCUUAUAAAUAUAUAAGGGGACAAUGUGUUCAGAAGAAACAAUGUGCACAGUUUAACAAAGCAGGUAUUUCUGGUUUGAGAUUAUAUACAAUAAAUUCCAUGAGAAUAUACUUAAGAGAUUACAUUUAAUCUGGAUUCAACAAAUUGUAUUAAAAAUGAACACUGUCUCAAAUUCAGGACAAGCCUGAUAAUCCAGGAUGCAUUAUAUAGAGCUGAUAUAUUUUGAUUUUUUUUGGCCUCAUUAAUUUUUCUUAUGCUGUGUCCAUUGGGGUUUUCCUUGCCCCAUAUAUAUGCCAUAAACAGAGCACAUAGAGCCAGGGUAUACUUCUAACAACUUUUUCCAAAUAGGAUGUGUGUGAUCUGCCAGUAAUAUAUCUAUAUUUAUAUUAAUAGCUCCAACACAGAUAUAAAUGCUUAUAAUCAUCCAUUAAUAUUUGAUGAUGCAUAAAUGUUAUAUUUAUUUACAGAUAUGGCAAGCCAGAUACAUACACUGCUUUCUGUAAAGUCUGUAAGUUGGCUUUGGAAACACCAUUUUGUCGUAGACUCAUUCACUCUUUUUAGGAAUCAGAAUUGUUUCAGAAGAAAACCAGCUAAGCAGACAUUAAUCCUUCCCUAUCUCAUUUUUGCCCAUGGGGAAACCCAAGGGGAAUUAUCAUUAGAUUACCUACUAACAACUCUAUGAAUCAAAUCCAGUGACUUAUCUCUCCAGGCAAGGCUUUAUCUGAGGUCUUUGAGGAUGUGCUUCCCCUGCAAAGGUCACCAGAGAUCACACAGAUCCUUAAUACAGGACUUCAGGCGAUGGUAUCCAAAUCAAGUAGCUAUCAGAUUCAACUCCUUACUUGCCAUUGGUGUAGAAACACCGCCCACAGUCUCAUUUCCUGCGGAAGUUAACCAUGUUUUGUAAAAGACACAUAUUUACUUCUCUUUUCCAACUACCAGUUAGCCUGGAUGUUUAUGGAAACCUAAAGCAAGGAUACCAAGAUACCUGUGCCUGAAUUUAGGCUGGAAGCUGAGAAAGGCUUAGGGGAAAUUUAAUCUUUGGGCAGGUGUAUUCCUGGUGGACAAUGCCAGGAAUCCCAUAACUGAAUGAUUCCGGGGUCAAGUCGUUUCUACUCAUGCAUUGAGAAGUAUGUCAUUUUCCUGUGUGUUGAAAGUCAAGAAGCACUUCCAGAGUUGGGUAAUCCAUCUACUGGGUCCCCAAAAGGAAACCAAACCCUGGUGUGUUUUUGUAAAUACUGUACUUCCCUCUGUUCUCAACAGAAAGUUAGGGUACAAUAUUUCGCUCUUGUCAGAGUCAGAGCUUCUGCCUGCACUGUAUUUUCCCAGGAACAUAGCAGUAAACCCAAAUAGGUACGCACAAGCUCAGAGAGAAUUUUCACAGUUCUGACUGUUGCUGAACAAGCCUCAGCAGCUCCUGCCUGGUUUGAUGAGUAAUAGUGCCCAGCAGUUACACCCAGUGGAGGUAACUUUUCCUACAUCACUGCUGUCAAAAUCCUGUGGCCAGGCACUUGCCUGGGUUUCUGCUUUUGCUUUGCUUAUUCUCCCAAUGACCCCAUCCCAAGCUGAGAAAAAGGACAAAAUAGGAAUUUUCAGUUAGUGUAAUACUAGCUCUUUGAUUAAGUAGUAGGGCCUGGGAGCCUAGGAAGAUUAAGUUCAAGCUAAGAGCCUGAAGUCAUUCUUAAGUGAGAGUUUUGUAAUUCCAGUUGUCAGAGGAGAUUAGUGGCCUCUGUAUCUGUGGUAAUUUCUGGCUAAAACCUAGAAGAAAGGCUGCUGAGUGCCAUCCGGAGUGGGCGGCACUAUAGGCAGACGGCUCUCCUUGAGAGGAGUAAGUUCAAAGUUGCCUAUGAUUUUCCCAAAAGAAAAGCCCAUUUUCUCACUCUGUCACCUCCUUUCUUCUUAUUCCACAUAGCAUUGUUGCUGCUGAAGGAGCAGUUUCAUAAAUGACCACAUGAGUGGAUGCAAGAGUUGGUUUAAGAAUAGAUGACAGGGGAUCUUAAUUGAAUACUAUCUGAUUUUAUAACACGACCCAGCCAAUUUGGGUAACGACAUAGAGAUGGUGAGAAACAACACAGCUGGGUAGAGGAAACACUUGGCUUAGACUCUGGCAGUUGUCAGCUGUGUAACUUAUGCAAGUCACUUUAUGCCCCAGUCUCAUUCCUUCCCAUAGACAAAGGGAAGGGGUUGGAUUAAAUGAUUAAAACCAGCUUCCAGCCCUAAGAAUCCAUGAUGUUAUGAUCUCUGCUUUAAUUUCUUUUUUCCUAAGGGGCUUAUUACUAUAAAAUAUUACUUUGUCUUUUAAGUCAGAAGGGCCCAUGAUAAUGACUAAUCAAUUUGGAUUUUCUUAUCCUCUCUGGGAGAAAUUAAAUUCAAGCCUUUCUUUAUUGAUGUUUUACAAGCUUGGAAGAUGGCCAUGUUAAUCCACCAUUUGGUGUUUUGGGACACAAACAAGCACACUUUUAUGAAACUGCUCUUUGCUUAAACUCAUUGUCCUAGUCAAAGUAACAACCCAGCUCAUGGAAAAAUGCUGCCAGUGUCACCAUGAGGGGACAGGAUGCAUCUACAGCCACACUCAAGCUCUUGCGUCACCCCUGCUGUAGCAACAGAGCCCACUCUGAAUACCCAAAACACACGGUUUUCUCCAAACAGUCAUAAUUGCCAGCCCAGUAUGGGAGUUCAGGAGCCUUUGGCAAAGAAACUAAGGAGUCUUAUGAAAUUUGGUGCAAGGCUUGCACAAUAACAGCCACUGUCUGUAAAGGCCUUCCCUUUCCUCCUGUACGCAGACAUGCACACCCAUGCACAGCAGAGCCUGAGGCAAGUCCUUUCUCUGGAGAGAUAUACAGGGCUAUUUGAUUGAAUUCAUUUUCCAGUUUUGCUCUUGGGUUGUAUCACACCACAGGUAGAGACGCUCUAUCUGACAAGGAUAAAAUUGUGCUGGCCAUCACUGCCCUCUCCAAUGCCUGGGGAGUUUGUAGGAUUGAUAAGACUGUGUGGUCUGCCUGCAAGGUACCAGCCACGGCCUUUGAACAACCUGUUGUGCUUUUUGUCUGCGCUGCAGUGGGCCACUGCUUGCAUCCUUGCCCUUUGUCCAAACUUUUGCUAAAUAUGGAAUAGAUUUGGUAUGCAUUGUGUUGUGAGUACCUUUACCACUAGAGAAGACUUCAGCUCCUUUAGAUUUGGGGGAACCAGAUAUAAAACUAGGACUAAAAGGAUUGGGUUAGCUUUUUUUAUCAUUAAAUUUUUAGUGCAGAAGACCUGAUGCAAGAGCAGCAAGAAAAAGAUUAUUUCUUAACCGACCCAUAUAUGAACCUAUAGAAAAGUGAGAGAAGCUCCCAUGUUCUUAUUUCACUCAUUCUAUAUAAUAUUCUGAAUAAUUACUGAUCAGCUUUUUGCUAUGUCCAGCCUUGCUCCACCUUCCUACCUCCAGACCAAGUGCCCAUUUUGAUAUUUUUUAAAAGUCCUUCUGAUUGUUGUAGAGGGUCCCUCUGUGCCGAGACUAAAACCUGCUACUGGGACAGACCCCACACUGCUUUGCCGAAUCAGCUCUGGACCUAGAGCACGGGUAGCAAUAAGUCUCUACUUCUGCUGGAGACACCCUAGUUCCUGGGUGAGUGUUGGAACGUAACAGCUUACCCUUGCCACCCUUGCCAUCGU